AUGGAACAAUAGCCAAUUUAUUAUGACCCUAGCUUAUAUUAUGAAACUUAAACUGGUAAUAAACUCUGUAAAAAGAAUUUGAUCAGAGGAAGUGAUAAUAUUUUCAUUUAUGGCAAAGUUAUUAUGCAAUAGAAAAAUAUAAUUAGGGGUGAUUUAGGUAGAAUAAAUUUAGGAAAGUAUUUAAUUUUAUGUGAAGGAGUUACUCUAAGACCCAGUUAUUAAGUUUAAGCGAACGAUCAAAUUAAGUAUUCCCACAUCACUAUUGGUGACUACGUUAUAAUAGAUUCAAACAGCAUUAUAUAAGCACAAAAAAUUGGAUCUAAUGUGCACAUUGGAAAAAACUGCAUUAUUGGCCACAGAGCAAAUAUAAGUGAUAACGUUAAAAUACUUGAUGACACAAUUAUUCCACCAGAUACAGUUAUUCCACCUUAUACUGUUUAUGGAGGAAAGCCAGCAAGAUAUAUUGCAGAGCUUCCAGAAACUGUCAGCUAUAUUCAUAGAGAGCAGGCUAUUAAAUAUUAUAAGUCUUUUUAACCCAAAAGAACAAGUGACACAAAAGAAUUUUAAUUUUCUUCAAUUUAAGGAUCAACUGUCUAAUAAUGA